AUGCAGCAGAUAGAUGGAUUCUGGUACCUCGACUCCUUCAUGGAAUCCAUAGCCGCAUUCAGGUCAGAAUUCCAGCCGAGAACCGACGACGUUGUUCUCUUGACUUCCGUCCCCAAAACCGGAACCACAUGGCUCAUAGCUCUCUGUCACAGCAUCCUUCACCGCGACGACAAAGAAGAAGAAGAAGACAGUUUGACGAAGAUGACACCCCACGAGUUGGUUCCAACCAUCGACAUGUUCUACCUCGGCGACCAAGUCCAAGACAGCCCACGUUUGCUCCACACUCAUCUGCCUUACAGCUGCCUGCCUGAGGCCGUGAGGAGCUCCGGAUCGUCGUGCAAGCUCGUCCACGUGGCACGAAACCCGAAGGACACCGUGGUGUCGAUGUGGCAUUUCUACAACAAAAUCUUCGAGAGCGAAACGGGGCCCGAUGUCACGAUGGAGAGAGCAGUGGAGGGGUUCUGCGGUGGGGUCAUCCCGUACGGGCCAUUUUACAAACACGUGGUGGAGUACUGGGAAGAGAGCAGGAGGCGGCCCGAGAAGGUGUUGUUUCUCGAGUACGAGGAGCUGUGCAGAGAGCCCAAGGAGCAGGUCAGGAGGCUGGCUUCGUUUCUCAGGAAGCCUUUCGGUUUGGAUGAAGAUAAUGGAGAUGCAGAGGUGGAGAAGGUGUUGUGGCGGAGCAGUUUGAACAGGCUCAAGGAGUUGGAGGUUAAUAAGAGUGACGAGGGUUUGGAGCUAGCACCCAUCAUACCCAAAAGCUCCUUCUUCAGGAAAGGAACCGUGGGGGGCUGGAAGAACUACUUAACGCCCCAAAUGGCUCAUCGCAUUGACCUACUCACUGAGCAAAAGUUGCAGGGUACCGGACUCUCUCUUGAUGAUUUCUAA